GCGCCCACAGUUAUAACCCGCGAACGAGCUUUAAAGACCCCAGUGCGCGUGCCCGAGCUGUUGCGAGGGGUGAUCGCUUCGGGAGCGCGCGCGCAGGAAGGCUGAUGAUCAUCACACAGUCGUCACGUCACGGAUCCGCAGCGACCGACAGAGAUGCUGAGGUGACAGGCAGAAGGAGAAAAGGGACGAUCACAUUCAGACAGAUUCCACCCGUUACACCUGCUGGUUCGCCUUUUUAAACCACUGACACGACGGACUCCAUCUUCUCCUAUGGACGGCUCGCUCACUAUGGGAUUCCGCUUCAUGUCGUCCCCUCCGCCUCCAAACGUAGAGGAUUUUGUGUAACCACACCCGGCUCUCCUUUGGAUUCUGGAUUGGCAUCAACGACCCAAGGGUUCUCCAUCAACACUAGACAUGCCCGUCCCAGUCUAAGUUUGCUGGUCGCGGGGGGGAAGUAGUGAGGAGAGCGUCCCUGGUCCACAGACGGGAUGAGCGGGGGAGCGGAGCAAGCUGACAUCCUAAGCGUGCUCGCCCUGGUCAAGGAACGAUGGAAAGUGGUGAAGAAGAUUGGCGGUGGUGGGUUUGGGGAGAUCUACGAGGCGGUGGAUCUGCUGACGCGGGUCAGUGUGGCACUGAAGGUGGAGUCUGCCCAGCAGCCCAAACAGGUGCUCAAGAUGGAAGUGGCCGUGCUCAAGAAGCUCCAGGGUAAAGACCACGUGUGUCGCUUUGUAGGAUGCGGCCGCAAUGACAGAUUUAACUACGUGGUGAUGGAGCUUCAGGGUCGGAACCUGGCUGACCUGAGGAGGAGCAUGACACGGGGAACCUUCAGCAUCAGCACCACGCUGCGUCUCGGGCGCCAGAUCCUGGAGGCCAUAGAGAGCAUCCACUCUGUUGGCUUCCUGCAUCGUGACAUCAAACCGUCAAACUUUGCUAUGGGCCGCUUCCCGAGUACAUGUCGAACCUGCUACAUGCUGGACUUUGGUUUAGCUCGCCAGUUCACCAACUCUUGCCAGGAGGUCCGACCUCCCCGUCCAGUGGCAGGGUUCAGAGGCACCGUACGCUAUGCAUCUGUCAACGCACACAAGAAUAAGGAAAUGGGCCGUCAUGAUGACCUGUGGUCUCUCUUCUACAUGCUGGUGGAGUUUCUGGUUGGUCAGCUGCCGUGGAGGAAGAUCAAGGACAAAGAACAUGUGGGGAAGCUGAAAGAUACUUACGACCAUCGUUUGAUGCUCAAGCACCUGCCGGCAGAGUUUGGGGUCUUCUUGGAACACAUCUCCAACCUGGACUACUUCACGAAGCCUGACUAUCAGCUCCUGAUGUCAGUGUUUGACAACAGCAUGAAAACCUACAAUGUGGUGGAAAAUGACCCCUAUGACUGGGAGCGGACAGGCACAGAUGGCACCUUGACAAUCAGUGCUUCUGCCACAACACCGCAACAUCACACUCGCCUCACGCCGGCACACAUGGGUAUGGCGAACGCCUCCCUGAUCCCCGGCGACCUCAUGAGAGAAAACACAGACGAGGUUCUGCAGGACGAGCAGCUCAGCGAUGUGGAGAACAAUCCUGCUCCAGAUCGCCUGCCGGGCUCACCCCUGCACCCACACCGCAACCAGGAAGCUGAUGUCUGGGAGGAGCUGGACCGCAACAGGAACCGCAUCAGAAGUGCAGCGUGGAAGGCGGGCACAGAGGAGGAACACAGCAACAAUCAGGGUAACCAAGGACACCAGAGCCCCUAUGCUGGGCCUAGCUUGGGUUCCCCAGUCAAACACUCUGAGGGUGGGGUUGCAGACCGUGAUGGCCCGCUGCUAAGGAAGCUCCGAAACAUCCACAGUUUUGAGCUGGAGAGGAGGCUUGGCCUGGAGACCAAACCGAGCCCAGAACGCUUCCAGGAUGGCAGCCCAACAAAGCAGCAGCUUGGCACCCAGCACCAAGAGAAGGAGGCUGACGGGGCUGCAAUCAUCCCAGUAACUCAGGGUCAGGCUGUACCUGCCGGGGAGCGACCUGAUAGGAUCUGGCACUAUGAUGAGGAGUUCAGGUCUGGUGGCGCUUCUCCUAAGCCAGCAUCCUGUGGAUCUCUGGAGCAGGGGGAGGGGGCGGUUGACAGCGGGGGCUUUGUGGCCCUCAAUCUGAGCUCUGGGAGGCAUGACAUUGACUCAAAGGAGUGGGUAAUGGUGGAGCGGCCCGGUGGCUCCCCAGGAGCCAAAGUCACUUCAAGCCCCUCGGAGGAAGAUGAGGAGCCUGAGGUGCUCCAACCAGGUGAACAUUCUCCUGGGUGGGACAAGGGCUGCCCGAGCCCUGGCUCUGGUAAAGCUAGACAAGAAAGCAUGGCUUCCUCCAAGGGAAGUGCAAAGGUGGACAAGUUGGAGCUCAGUGUGGGCCCUACAGGGGCUCUGCCCCCCAUCACCCCCACCAGCCCUGCUGAGGCUCUGGCUGAGGGAGUCCUCACUCAGCUCCCCACCUCUCCUCCGUCCCUGCCUGAGGAGGUUGCGAUGCGGACAUCCAGCCCCAUCCCUCUGCGCUCUCCCAGCCCUCACACUCUCCUGACCACUUUGUCGGACCCGCUGCACCUUCGCCACCCGGGCGUAAUCAGGCGCAGCAUGUCUGCUGAUCAGCAGCCUCAGGAGCGUCCCUCCUCUGCCUCUUCCUGCCACGCCUCCCUACCACUACCACCAAACCCCGCCCCCAGCACCCGUUCACCAAGUCGCCGGAAACUGCCGGCCAUCCCGGCGGGUGCUGCCAACACCAAGUUCCCCUCUGUCAUACGCAUCACCCGCGCCCAGCUCCAGCAGUUGACAGCUCAGCGUCCCUCUGGGCUGUCCUCCCAGUCAGGAUCAGACAGUGUCCCACAGUGCCUCCUGCUGGAGAGGCGAGGUGAAGCUGAAGCCGAGGCUCAGCAUGUCCAGGAGCGCACAGCGGACAUCAGCUCCCCGCAGGACAAUGUGCCCACUCACCCAGGGACGCCCACAGAACCCCUGGCUGAGGCACUGGUCAAUGGAAACAUCCACACCAAAGCUCAAAGCCCUGCUCCAAGUCGUGCGUCUUCCCCGCGCUCCCCCCGUUCUCCACGCACGCCUCCUCUGCGCUCGCCUUCCUCUCCGCAUUCGCCUCGGUCCCCUCGCAGCCCCGUGUUUGCCAACGGCCACCUCUCCCCUCCUGUGAACGGCCAAAGAGACUCAAGUAUUGGAGCAUUCCCCAAGUUGAAAGACCCUGAGAAUGAUUACGGCCACUCUCCAUGUGCCACAGAGCUUCAGCUGAAAGAGGAAAGCAGAGAAGUGAAUCAAGCAACAGAUCAGACUAGUGGCCCUACUUCUCCUUCCCCUGUUGCCCCUCGCAAGGACCCCAGCCGGAGGCUAAGUCGCAUCCCAGUCCUGGAGCCGUCCAGUCUGCUGGAGCUCCCUCCUCCAGGGUCUGCAAAGGAAAAACUCCUGCAGAAGAAAGCCAACCACCAGGGCCCCGUCCCCUCUCCCACUGCCUCACCCUCCCUCUCUGACAGGCGUGGCCCCAUGGUGGCCUCGCUUGCCAGGGACCCGCUGUCCUCCAACUCUGACCGCUCCCAGGAAGAGGACUCUCUGAUGGGCUCCCGUUCUGACCGCCAGGGAGAUGAAGCUCCUUCCCUUUCGUCCUCCUCCAGCCCUCUGUCCCGCAAGAGCAGGAUCCCUCGCCCCAUACAUUCAGCUUCUUCUGCUGAGCAGCUAGCUGCACAAUUCCUGCCCCGCCCACCGCCUGGAAAGCCACCAGGUCGUUCUACUGUAGAGGGCAGGCUCAGGCGUUACCGUAUCCGAGCUGGCAGCACCAGUGACUCAGACCUCCUGACUUGCCUCGCUCAGCUGAUGCACGGUUCCCGAGGCUCCCCCCUUCACCAUCGCUCCUCAGCCCAGCACGGGGGCUCCAGAAUGGGCAUCUGCAGCCUAACUAGCUCCCCACAUCACCACCGCAGCUCAAGUGCUUCUCCACGCAGCUCCUCCUCUCUGCAGCGCUCCGUCAGCUCCUCGCCCUCCCGCCACGAGCACCGUGGCAGCGGCGGAGUGAGUUGCCUGGGCCGUAGCCGCUCCCCUCCCAGCUUCUCCGGCUCACCGCCUCCCCGCCGCUACUACCCUCAUCACCAGGAUACAUGCUGCAGCCGCCAGGCUCGCACGAGUCCCUUCCACUUGUCGAGGGGAAAGGGAUGUAGCCGAGAGGGCAAGUGCUCUGGCAAGUUGAGCAGAUAGUUGCCCAGCAGGUUGUGCUGCCACAGCAGAGGAAGGGAAGACUCCAACUGUGAAAGAGGAGAAUACAGUUAGGAUUAAAACCUGAGUCUUCCUGUGCCGUUAGACAAAAUCUUGCGUCCCUUCUCUCUCUGUCCGUUUGAUCUCACACUUGUCUUGUUGAAUCCCUCACUCCUUCUAUUGACGCUGGGGUUUGUCGAUUAUUGAUGUGCCACAAUUUAAAGGGGUACUCCAGCUAUUCAGUAGCAGCACCUGCAUGAAAUUGUUGUGAAUUUGAGACACAUUUUAACUGGAAUGAUGAAAAGAAUGUGCAGCAGGUUGAUAUAUCCUGACUUUUAGUCUAUUAAGCUGCAAAAAAGAUGGUUCCUACAUUACCUAUAAGGCAACUUAAUUACUUAAAUGCUCAAAUACUUUGAACCUACAGCUACCAGCUUUUUAAGAAAUUAUUUCUAAGAAAGUCAUCUGUUAUAAAUGUUAAGUCUUAAGCCAAAAGACGUGACAUGAGAGUAAUGAGAGGCUGAUUCGUUGUCCUGAUGACAACAUGUGAAAAAUAGAUGGAGUACCCCUUUAAUGUAAAUUAUCAGUUGAGCGAUGUUGACAUAGCUUGAUCCUCAUUUUAUUGUAUUGUCAUGUUAUAGAUCUAAGUAAUAAGCUGCAAAUUUAGAUGGUGUUUUCCCAUACCAGAGCAGUACUAAUCAAUCAUUCUUAAGGCCUACGGGCACAUGAAUACAUCUUCAUACAUCUUCCAAACAAAAUAACCUUACUACUUAUCCCCUUUAUUAAUGCACUUGGAUUAUACUGAUGAAACAUCAGUGAAGCUGAACACAAUGAAGUAAAUAUUUGGCCUGAGGUUGACUCAGUUUUCUCCUCUGUAUUUGGAGAUAGCAGGCAGGGUAUGAUGUUUAAUUUAUGCUAUAUGCCAAUGCAUAAAGCCAGAAUUUGUGUACAGUUGUAUUUAUUGAGAUAUUUAUUUUAAUGCUUAGCAAUGCUUAACCCGACCCUCCUCUGUGUGAUAGUGGAUGUACGUUUUUUGUGUCACUCCCAUUAGUGUUAAACGUUUAAUCAGAGGGGUCACCCCAAAGUGAACCUUUUGUACAAUCAAUUAUGUAAAGUGCGUGAGGACACACACCUUUUCGUGCCUACUGUGUUGCUAAGAAGGGAACAAAAUGUCACACUAAACGAAGUUAGGAUUGUAAAGUGUUAGCAGUUGUAGUGGUAGCAGUAGUAAGCUUAAACAACACAAGGUGCAUUACUGAUGAGUAAUGUUCAGACACAGAUGUUUGUCUCAGCGUGUGCCUUGGCACUUUGGGCAGCUUGAGGAUUCACUUUGUAUGUUAUUGUUGUAGGAGCCAAAAUAGGACUUGUGCCAGCAGUUAUAAGACAACCCUUUCAACUAAUAUUCUUUUAUGUACAAACAGUAGCAACACAGAUGUUUCUAAAUCAAACACAAUUUGAGCAAGUGUUUACCUGAGGACAGUAGCUAAUAUUUUUAAUGAAUAAAAAGGAAACAUUUCAAGACUUCAAGGACCAGCCUGUGAGAUUUAGAUGGAUCUUAGUUUUAUUUUGCUGAGUCAAUGUACGCCAUGCUACAGCAUGGAGAGGCUGAAAGCUUUACAAUGAAAGCUCUUAACCUUUAUUCACAGAGCAGAAUUAUCUGUUAAGGUCUCCUCUUCUCAAAAGCAAACAGAACUGUUGAUUCUUGACAAGUGUUUCUGUGAUGCUCUUCAGUAAUCGCAGGACUCAGGAGGGCGAGCAGAGCUGCAGCUAGCUUGUUCGAAUGUGCUUGGCUUGUCUUCAGGUUUGAUCAUUUCAAAAAAGUUUGAAACUGGGAGUCAAAUAUCUGAAAAAGGACUCCUGUUCUUUAGAACAAAGUAUUUAUAAUUUAAGAACCAUAUGAACUCUGAAUAAAGCAGAUUCAAAUACAA